UUCGCCGCCCUCCUCCGAGGUAUCCGGGGCCAGCAACACUGAAGAUGGCAGUAAUGGCGCCGUGCAAUUGUGUUUCGUCGUCGAAUGGGACAGUGCAAGCGCACUGUUAGCGCCAACAUCGUGCUCAAGAAGGCCAGGGGCCCGAGUGAGUCUCCUUCAAGCAGAGCAACGGUUUCGGCAGCCCCCGUCGGUAGCUCCUCCGCCCUGGACAAGUACUACCACGUUUGACUCGUUUCCGAAGCGCUUACUAAGCCUAAAAAAGAGGUUUGGCUCGGCAGUUUGUUUUGGACCUUCGUGUCGAACUUGUCAAUCGCUUUGAUCUGUCGGAGGUGAAAUAACGCUAUUCCGCGUUCCUCCGGAACGCUAUUAUGCGGCCCGCGGGUCUCCGGCAGGCCCGCCCCCCCCCCCCCCCCCCCCCCCUUCCCGAACAUCGGCUCGCGACAAGUGGCCGCGCGCUUAAUGCGCCGUCGACUGCCCGACUGCGAGUCGUCCAUGCAAGCACCCCUUCUCGUGGAUCGCAUGCCUUCCGACCACGGUUGCCAAGGAAACUGCCAUCGGACGUACGCUUGUCCCUCACAGGACUGAGGCUCUCAUGAGCUUGACUUUUACGCCAAGUGGCAGGCGCAGGGCAGGCCGGAAACUUUCUUGGAGCGGAACUGCAGUGAUGCUUGUUUGCGCUAUAAUAAGUACUACCGUUAGCCCAUUGUCGGCGCGUUGCAUUUAUCGCGCGAGUUUAUGUAGUGAAACAUGUUUUGACUCCGAAAAGCCUUUGCUUACGACUUGACCGAACCUCUGUGCAAUCUGUUGUGUGUAAGCUAUAAGCUUCUGCCAAACAAACUUGUCACGCGUUGGUUUUCGUGUGGCAGAAUGAAUUCUUCGCCAGGGUUGCAUUUUAUAGGACUAAGUGAGCAUGGUAGGUUCGGAAACACAGCCGCCUCCGCAGCGGGUGCAGCUGCCCAAGGACGAGCUGGAGCGCCUGUCCAAGGAGGAACUGAUCGCAAAGUGGAAGGAGCAAGAGAGCUACGUAGAGUAUUUGGAGAGCCAGGCGGGGAGCUCAGCAGCCAGCAAUCAGGAGCUGGUGAGCCUGCGGGAGUCCGAGGAGAAGCUGAAGCAGCAGCAGUUGGAGGCCACACGACGAGAGAAUGUGCUUGUCAUGCGGCUCACCACCAAGGAGCAGGAGAUGCAAGAGUGUGCGCACCAGAUCCAGGCUCUGAAGGGUGGAGGCAGUGCGGGCUGGACACAACAGCUGCGUGCGGCCAUGCUGGACCCGGCCGUCAACCUGCUCUUUGAGCGGAUGCGACACGAAGUGGACUCUAUGCGCAGCCGCCUCGAGGAGACCCAGAACGAACUGAGCGCCUGGAAGUUCACCCCUGACAGCAACACGGGCAAGCGGCUGAUGGCCAAGUGCCGGCUGCUCUACCAGGAGAACGAGGAGCUGGGUAAAAUGAUUUCCUCGGGCCGCAUGGCCAAGCUCGAGGGCGACCUGGCAUUGCAGCGCAACUUCAGCGAGGAGAUGAAGAAGAGCCAGACGGAGCAAGAUGAGUUCCUGCUGGAACUGGACGAGGAGGUGGAAGGUAUGCAGAGCACCAUCUACCUGCUGCAGCAGCAGCUGCGCGAAGCAAAGGAGGCGCGGAUUCAGGCCGAGCGGAGGCUGGCCACCGAGCGCGGGGACGAGCCCGUGCUCAACGGGCACGUCGCGGGCCCCACUGCAAGCGCGCCGCCGGCUGCUGCCCCUCCGCCGGCCAGGGGCGGCAAGCGCACGGCGUCGCGGGCAACGCGAGCGGCGCCUCGGCGCAGCGCUGCGCCGCGGACACGGAAGCGCGCACGAGAGCAGGGCGCGGACGGGCCGGAUGCCAAGGUGUCCUCGGCACUGGAGAUAGACGCGGACACCGAGGUGCAGGUGGCACAGACGCUUGCCUACCUGUUUGUGGCCAACAAAGAGCGACACCAGGAUGGCUCAUCCGACUCGGCCGCAGCCGAUGAUGCGCAGGACCUCUGAUGCCGUGGGCAGACUUGUAAAAAGCAUCUCGUGUGGGCGCCAUUUCUCAUGUGUGAUUGUGACACUGCGCAUUCUAUAGCGAGUGGGGCUGUUUGGGAAAAAUCACUUGUUCAUGAUUUGUGGCAUCAUUGUGAGAAAUAAACUGACUGUUGAAGUGUA